AUGGAUCGUAUAUUAUUUGAUAUUGAUCCGAAGGAUUGUCGUACUGACAAUAAUUUUCUAGAAGUAUUUAUUGCGGUCUUUAUUGCUCUUGGACUUUUAAUUAGUUAUUUACCACAGCAUUAUAGAAUUAUUAGUAUCAAGUCUAGUGAAGGAAUUAGUCCAUGGUUUCUUUUGUUGGGAGCCGUUUCAAUGACUUGCAGUUUUUUCAAUAUUUUAAUUUUACAAAUUCCUCAACUUGAAUGUUGUAAAUAUGUGUCUAGUAGAGUUUGUUUUGAAAAUACUUUGGGAGUUACUCAACUCACAAUCCAAUGGUUUAUGUUUACAAUGAUUUUAAUAUUGUUCAUGGCAUAUUUUCCACAAUACAGAAAAUAUAUACCAAUUGGUAUUGAUGGUUUUGCAUUAUCAAAGGAAUGGAUCGUAUCACUUUAUGUUACAGCCUUUGUUGCUUUACAUUUCAUCUUUACGCUUGCUAUUUCUGCUUAUCUUUUAAUAUUUGUUGGUAAAGCCGAUGAACAUGAUACAACCAAAUAUUGGGCAGAUGCAUUAGGAAUUAUUUCUUUGAUUUUAGCCUCAGUUCAAUAUUUACCUCAAAUUUGGAGAACUUGGGAAAGAAAGACUGUUGGAGCUCUUAGUAUUCCAAUGAUGUUGGUUCAAACUCCAGGAUCAUUCCUUUUCGUAUAUUCGCUUGCUACUCGUGAGGGUACCAGAUGGACAACAUGGAUCGUUUUCCUUAUUACAGGAUGCCUUCAAGGAACUCUCCUUAUAAUGUGUAUUUGUUGGUAUUUUAGAGAAGAACAAGAAGACAAAUUUAUUGAAGAGAACGUCAUUAUUGAUGUUCCUAAUGAACGUACAGCAUUGCUUAAUACUCCCAAUGAUUCAGAUGAAAUAAUCUUAUAA